AUGGCCACAUUUUUUAACACCCGAUGGAUCGGUGCUAUUGUUAUAGCGUGUGUGAUCUGUCCAGUCUUCUGCAGCAAUAUACUCGUCCUCCCAGGUGCUCCGAUCGGGAAUGUAUACAUUACUAUAACCAGAUUUGGGGAACUGCUGGCCAUGAGAGGUCACAAUGUGACCAUUUUGAUAAAUGACCUCUACUACCACAGAUUUGCAGGCUUGAUCAAACAACAACGAACAUUUAUGAAUUUUGAAGAGUAUAAAUCCGGCUUCAACGAAUUUCCCGAUGCAUACAACCAAGUCACAAAAAGUGUACACAAUGUACCAUCUAUUUUCGAAACGCUUAGCGUUUUUGAUGCUUUGGCAGAUGAGACGGAGGCUUUUAUUCAAGACAGUAACAUCAUAGAACGCUUGAAGGCCACGAACUUUGAUCUAAUCCUUGCCAAUUCCUUUAACCCAGGCUAUGCUCUUAUUGUUGGUACAUUGCGUGUCCCACUCAUCGUUUUAUCCACUGUGAGAUCUUUACCGAUGGUAGACGAUUUAAUUCAUGGUUUGACCUCGAACCCUGCAUAUGUACCAGCGAUAUUGACGGGAUACUCAGAUGUGAUGACGUUUCCUCAGAGACUGAGCAAUACAUUUGUAUAUCUUGCAUCGGGUGCAAUGUUGGAGUUACUUUUGUUAAAACCUUUCAAAAGUGUGAAACAACGACAUAACAUUCGACCAGAGCUUUCAUACAGGAGUUUAUGUGGAAAUGCCGAGUUAGUACUUUUCUGUUCUGAUUUUGUAUUCGAUUAUCCCCGGCCCAUGAUGCCUCAUGGUAUUUACAUUGGUUCAUUGACGGCAAGACCCCCGGUCCCUCUCAGUCAG